CAAAUUGUUUAUUUCCUAUUAAAAAACGCAUUAACCUAUAACGCUCAAACGUUUGAGAAAAAAAUAUAAACAUUCUCCUCCUUUUCCUAUGUGAAACGCAUCACAAACAUCGCAAACAUCACAAGUUUUAUCAUUUUACAUUUUACACAAAAAUAACACGAGUACCGAUUACAAAUUAGAUGAAAACCCUGGGGCCGGAAGAGGCGGCCAAAUGUCGCCCAUCAGAUCUUUCCAUCGAAGUAUGGAAAUUAAUGGAAAAAACGAGAAAAAACGACGGAGACAAGGAUCGUUCGGACGAAAACGGUCGGAGAAGUCCAGAAAAUUUGACGAGUUUGCAGGCAAUUUUGAACAAGCUGACGGCCACCACGCCGGAAGUGACUACGAACGAAUUAAAGUUGACGCGGAUAGCGACGAAUACAAUACAGAGGAAGACAGCAGUCAGAGUGAAGUUCUUAAGGAAAAACCAGGUGUCCAGCAGAAAAAACGAUUACGGAUUUCGGAGGAGGAGCCGAUAGAUUUGCCUGAACAAGGAUUCAAUUCUAUGGAUACUAUGAUUUACGAUGAAGAUGGUGUAUCUACGUCUUACAUGAAGGAAAGGAAUAGUAGGUUUAAUAAUGAACAAGAUGAAUCUAUUCAAGGACGAAUGUGGAUGUUCGACAUGGCUCAGAGAGAACAUGAGUUGAAGUUAAGAAUGUUAAAUAUUGCUUUAGAAAAGGUAGAGUUGCAGAAACAGACUGCGAUCAACGAGUUGAAAACUUCGGAGAUCAAGAGGCAGCUUGUGGAGAAUCAAGCUGCUGAAUAUUACAGGUAAUUUCAUAACUGUUCUAUAGAAUAUAUAU